AUGGAGUUUGGCAACCAAAGAACCGCUAGGAAGCGCGAGAUCCGAACCCGAGCCCCGACAGCCUGUCAGACCUGUCGGCUGCGGAAGACUCGAUGUGACAAUACCAGGCCGACCUGUAGCUACUGCGCCGUGCAGGGGAUGGAGUGCAACUAUCCCGAAACAUCGCCACAUCAGAACCAGGUUGGAUUUGAUUCGGGGAACCCAUCGAACAAUGAGGUGCUCCAGCGACUGAAUCAUAUCGCCGGUUUGCUAGAGAAUAUCAAAUCCGAAGGCUCCACCAGCUCGACUCGCUCACUCAAGGAAGGAUUCUUUGAGUUGGCCAUGCAGAAUACUAGCCCCGUAGCUGAUUCAUUGCCGGGGAGCAAUCCAUCUAGCACUAGCACCGCUAGUAUCGACGACCGGGGAGCUGAUAAUGAUCCCCGAGUCCUUUACAUGGCUAGCUCCGGGGAGAAUAUGCUCCGAUGGCCUAUUUUCAACAAGGUCAUCACCGAAGCCGAGAAACAUAUCCGAUCUUUUUUACUCGACUCGCUGGAUAACCAGCCCCGCAGUAUGCAGGCACCCCGGCAGGUGGGGAUUGGAAGCUUUGUCGAUGAGAUCCCUAGACUUUGCAGGAAAUACUUCCUACUAUGCCACCGAAGAAACCCGAUAGUCGAUCUGGACAGUCUAGACCGUUAUGCCAAGGAGGUCACCGUCCAGGGUCUGGGAUGGGAUGGCCCCUCGUGUCAAGUGCUGUUAGCGUGUGCCUUAGCUUCGUGCACGUCAUCGAAGUUUGUUCCCCUAGCGGAUGAUAUGCCAGCGAAUCUCGAUGCACUCCAAGCACCACCCAUGUCAGACGCCAAUCUCGAUUUGGCUGAGACAUAUUUCCACGCGGCAAAGCAGAGAUUCGGCUUCUUGCACACGUCCCCAACAGAUAUUCAGUGUUUUCUUCUUGCUGGAAGCUACCACAGACAUGCCAUACGACCUUUGCAGGCUUGGUUCUGUUAUCAGCAGGCAUCUUGCAGAUUAGAAGUUCGUUUGCGGUCGCUGUGUAGAGAACAGUGGACCGCUGAUGACAAUUACCAUAACCUGGAGUCGAGACUAUAUUGGUCUUGUAUCCAAGCGGAACAUGAGAUGCAGAGCGAGCUCCCUCUCUGGAGCAGUGGUCUUGAAAGCCUGGGAUAUUCAGAUCCGUUCCCUAAAUUCUCUCGCAGAUCCUCUUCCUCAUAUGACGAAAUGGAUGAAGACCAAGAUUUUGCAGUCAAGCCAGGCUUUGAGCUGGAUGGCACCGAAGAAGAGAAAGGCUGGAAAUUCUACAUCGGGUCCAUCUGUAACCGCCGAACCACUAAUGACAUAGUGUCUGACAUGUGGCGUCAAGGAGAGAAGGGCUGGACCAAAGAUAUUCCCGGUCUUCUAAGAAAGACAAUGGACGCGGAGCGUGUUGUAACGUCAUGGUACCAAAUCUCAGUAUCCGGGAUCCAGUCCCAAAAAGAUAACCCAGAUCUGAGGUUCUUCUUCCGUGGUCGGUACCACAUGGCACUAGAGAGGAUCUACCGACCAGCGUUCUACCUCGCGAUGCACUUCCAGGGGAUGCCAGCGUUUAUCAGGAAGAACAACGCAAUGUGGGCAGAAGUAUUCCAUCUGGCCCAAAAGGCCAUUGACAACUGCGUCACCCUAAUACCAAGCUACUGGUAUCAAUUCCGCCACGAGUGGAUCUGGAAUGUAGUGCGCGCCAGCUUCGCCUGUGCUGUGCACAUCCUCGGGGCUAUCUUAUAUCAGCUCGAAGCAUCGAGGGAUCCUAGUACGUGGCAGGUACGUUUACCGUCGAAUUGGACUGCUUUGGUGAGGCUGUCGAUUCGAACGCUGAAGCAUUGGUCGUCGGAGUCUACUGAUCUAGAGGUUAUGGCGUCGACUCUUGAGAGGAUCUCUCUCCAACCCUCUCAAAAUGGAAGAAUACAAACCCCCAGCUCUCCCCCCCCCUUCAACAAUACCACCCCACCACCAAUCCUCCUCACCCAAGGCGCCGAAGCCCACCUCUACAAAACCACCUCCCUCGACCCCUCCAUCUCCGCCGCGCUCAAGAUCCGCCCAUCAAAACCCUACCGCCACCCAAUCCUAGACCGUCGACUUACCCGCCAACGGAUAAUCUCGGAAGCGCGAUGCCUUGCGAAACUCAUACGGGAGGGCGUGAGCGUCCCAGCGCUCCUAGCCCUGGACUGGGAGGGACACGGCGGCCCCGAAGGCGGGUGGGGCGGCGCCUGGCUAAUGAUGGAGUGGAUUGACGGGCCUGUGGUGCGGGUAGUUCUCGAGCAGUGGGAAGCGUGGAUGAAGCACAACGAGGGCUCGCUGGAUGAGUCACAGAUUGAAAACGAAGAGGCGCGUGUGCGCGGCUUGCUGAGGAAAAUGGGCUCGGCCAUUGGUGUCCUGCACAAGGCUGGUAUUGUGCACGGAGACUUGACGACAAGUAACCUCAUGCUGCGCCCGUCUGCGGACGCAGGUGAUGCGGUUGAGGGCACUGGAGCGCCCUCUAUGGAGGGGGAUGUCGUGCUGAUUGAUUUUGGUCUUGCGUCGCAUAGCAAUCAGGAUGAGGACCGGGCGGUGGAUUUGUACGUUUUGGAGCGGGCUAUUGGGAGCACGCAUCCGCGCUCGGAGCCUUUGCUCGAGGCGCUGAUCAUGGGUUACCGGGAUAGCUACAAGGGGGCUCCUUCCGCGCUGAAGAAGCUUGAGGAUGUGCGCUUGAGAGGGCGGAAGAGGAGCAUGCUUGGUUAA